UUUGCAUUUGCGUUGCCUAGAAGUCAAGCCCCGUUGACCACCACUCAGCAGCGUUCUUUGCCCUGUCCUAUCUGUUACGUUGAGGCUGAGGACCCUGCUUAGAUCCAAUCAGGAAUAGAGUACGCUGAACGACGGCAAGCGUGCGCCAAACAAUACGAACUCUUAAUAUGCCUCGACGUCGAGCCUACAAGUGCAUAAGUAGCCAGUGCUACGAUAAAACGCUUUUAAAGAACUAUUCAUCUCGCUCAAGUUUCUUGUCUUGAAAGAAAUUUAACGUUCUCUUCGUCUAGCAUUUCACUUGUCCCUAUUUCAUUGGCUCGCUCUCGCAACUGCUUCUGAAUAUACGCAAUAAGAUCCGAUUGUUUCUCAAGCAAGACGAAAAUGCCGAUAUCCGAUUUCAAAUACUACCAUUACGAUCCCACCUUGGUGGGUGCGAUAAUCUUCAUCGUCCUGUUUAUCGCAACUACCUCACUUCACUCGUAUCAGCUUUUGCGGACACGGAUUUGGUUCAUGAUCCCAUUCGUCGUGGGAGGCCUCUUCGAAUGGAUUGGAUAUGUCGGACGUGCUGUCUCCUCCCAACAAUCACCGAACUGGACUCUGGGUCCUUACAUCGUCCAAGUCCUCCUGCUUCUCGUGGCACCAGCACUCUUCGCAGCAAGCAUCUAUAUGGAGCUGGGUCGAAUAAUUCUCUUGGUUGAUGGCGAAGCACACUCUUGGAUCAAGAAGCGGUGGCUUACAAAGAUCUUCGUAGCCGGAGACAUCUUGUCCUUUCUUCUGCAAGCCGGAGGUGGCGGAAUCCAAUCCUCGGGAAAAGCAUCAAGUGUCACAACCGGGUCGCACAUCAUCACCGGCGGCCUAGUCAUCCAACUCCUAUUCUUCGGCUUCUUCAUCAUUGUCGCCGUACAUUUCGAUCGCGCCAUCCACAAAAACCCCACCCCUCGAUCCCAGAGCCCUCAUGUACCUUGGCGCAAGCACCUGAUCGCAUUAUACGUGGCAAGUCUGCUUAUCAUGAUUCGAUCGAUUUUCAGGGUGGUGGAAUAUGUCCAGGGUUUCGAUGGUUAUAUUUUGUCGCAUGAGGUAUUUCUGUAUCUUUUUGAUUCGGUGCUGAUGUUUGCUGUUAUGGUGAUCUUUAAUGUGGUGCAUCCGAGUGAAGUUAAUGCUUUGAUGAGGGGAGGGAACGCGGUGAAGAAUGGAUGGCAGAUGGAGAGGAUCGAGGGGCAUUUUGAGCGUGUUGCGCGUGGAGACUCGGGUGACACACUUGCUUGAUGUCGCAAAGAUCGGCCGCGUUGAAGCCAAAGGGGAGGCACUCGUGUAUUUUAAUAAAUGAGCUCAGAUGCAUAACAG